AUGCCUCAACGCAAUCUCCAGAAGGUGCAGAAGCACAUCUCCAAGAAGCGUGGUGCCAUUGGUGCCAUGCACGAGAACAGCCGUGACGCCCAGCGGUUGCGCCGUGCCGGUGCCCGUGACGAGCGCCUGAUCAAGCAUGCAGCGAACGUUGACAAAGGCCGCCGGCCAUACUUGGACCGAAUCCACUACUUCCACGACGCUGUUCAAACGGUUGAAAGCCCCCUCUCCGACGCUGAAUUGGCCGACAUGGUUACCAAAUGUAUCAACCGCGACGAGGAAGAGCUGGCGCAGCUGCAGCAAGAACGACGCAAAGGCCGGCCGCCUAUCCGGCGAGAGGAAGCCUUGACCCAACGGACGCAGACCGAGGAGAAGGAAUUCAAGACAGGUUUCUGGAUGCCAGACAUGAGCGACGAGGAUGUUCUUGUUGCUCUGAAGGCCUGGAAUGGACAAUGGUCAGGUCUGAGCCCGCUGAAGUUCAUUCGCUUGACUCAAGCCGGAGUGAAGCAGUCCUCAAGUUUCCCGCCCAAGAGCAUCUCAUGA